GUGUCGCUGAACGUCACGACGUCAGAGGAAAAGCAAUGGCGACGAGGGGCUCCGGAUAUUCACGGACCCAAACAAACCGCGGAAAUACAAGUAUAAACAUCCUUAAUAAAAUCCGCCAUGGCCAAAUCAGUGGCACGGGGUUGAUUAGAGGGACUCAGGUUCCUGUUGCUGUGUUGGAGGAGAGAGAUAAAAGAGUUAAAUGGCAGGGAAUACCAGUGUUAUUAAGGAGGCUUUAUGAGAGCAGCCAUCCAAACAGUGAUCUCUCUAAGAUUCACAGCAUGGUCAUGGAGCUGUCAUCAUUGCUGUCUAUGGAGGCCAUGUCAUUCGUCACAGAGGAGCGCAAAACACCCCUGGAGUCUAUUUCACCCAAUACGUAUACAUUUGACCUCUUUGGCGGAGUUGAUCUGUUUGUAGAGAUUUUAAUGCGACCUACACUCACAGAACAGGGAGACCCACCAAUAUUGAGUGAUGAUCUCAUCAAAGACUGUCUGAGCGUUCUUUACAACUGUUGUAUAUGUACAGAAGGCGUUACCAAAAGCCUUGCGGCGAGGGAUGGUUUUGUCUUGUUUCUUUUUAGUCUUAUGUCGAACAAAAAAGUUUUUCUACAAACUGCCACUCUUAUUGAGGACAUUCUGACUGUCAGGAAGGAAAUGGUCCAACUGGACGAAAUUCCCAACCUCACCAGUCUGGUCCAGAGCUUCAACCAGCAGCAACUUGCCAACUUCUGUCGUAUCCUCUCCGUCACCAUAUCAGAGCCCGAUGUGGGUGUAGAUGACAAACACACCCUCCUCGCCCGCAUGUCCCAGCAAAAGACCAGCACCUGCCCGUCACAAGCAGAGAGCAACCAGGUGGCUCUCCUGAAUAUCCCAGGCUUUAUUGAGCGCCUUUGUAAACUGGCCACACGGAAAGUUACAGAGACUGCAGAUUCCUCUACACGAUUGGAACUUGAAGACUGGCACAGCUGGCUUGACAACGCCCUGGUGCUAGAUGCUCUCAUGCAGUUAGCAAUUGAGGAAGCGGAGCAGAGCGGUACAGAGUCAUCUGAUGAGAGUUCACUGUCCUCCAGUCCACUUAGACACCGACUGCCGCAGUCCAUGAAGAUAGUCCAUGAGAUCAUGUACAAAGUUGAGGUUCUCUAUGUGCUAUGUGUGCUGCUUAUGGGCCGACAGAGAAAUCAGGUUCAUAGGAUGCUUGCGGAGUUUAAGUUAAUCCCAGGACUCAAUAACCUGUUUGAUAAGCUAAUCUGGAGAAAACAGCCAUCUAGUCAUGUCUUACAUCGACAGAACCAGAAUUGUGACUGCAGUCCAGAGAUAUCAUUCAAAAUUCAGUUCCUCAGACUUCUGCAGAGCUUCAGUGAUCAUCAUGAAAAUAAGUACCUUCUUCUAAGUGGACAAGAACUGAAUGAACUAAGUGAGAUCUACCUGAAUGCUAACAUCUUUGAAAUGGAGGCUCUGAAUAACACAGACAGGAACCUUGUUUGUGAUGGUAAAAAAGGUCUUCUUACACGGUUAAUCUCGGUCAUGAAGAAAGAGCCGAUCGAUUCUUCAUUCAGGUUUUGGCAGGCGAGAGCAGUGGAGAGUUUUCUUAGGGGAACACCAUCAUAUGCCGACCAAGUGUUCCUGUUCAGAAGAGGUUUGUUAGAGCACAUUCUCUAUUGCAUCAUCGAUAGUGGCUGUAAGUCCCAUGAUGUCCUCCAGAGCUACUUUGACCUUCUUGGUGAGCUCAUGAAGUUCAACAUUGAUGCCUUCAAAAGAUUCAACAAAUAUGUCAACACGGAGGAAAAGUUUCAGAUGUUCAUGACUCAGAUCAACAGCUCUCUGGUGGACUCUAACAUGCUGGUGCGAUGUAUCGUGCUUUCCCUGGACCGCUUUGAGAGCCAGACUGAAGACAUGAAAGUGGUUGAAGUGUUUUCAGAGUGUCGUCUUCUGUCCUACAUGGCUCAAAUGGAGAACAGGUUAACUUUCCUCUUUAGACUGAUCAACAUCAUCAAUGUGCAGACUCUCACCCAGGAGAACGUGAGCUGUCUGAACACCAGUCUGGUGAUACUAAUGCUGGCAAGGAGAAGGGGCAAAUUACCUUUCUAUCUGAGCGCCCUGAGAGAAAAGGAGUAUGCCGAGAAAUACCCCGGCUGCCUGCUCAACAACUUCCACAACCUACUGCGCUUCUGGCAGCACCACUACCUCAACAAGGAUAAGGACAGCACCUGCCUCGAAAAUAGUUCAUGUAUUCCCUUCACCUAUUGGAAGGAGACUGUGUCGGUACUCCUGGGUUCAGGAAGAAGCUCACGCUGUGCCGUUUCAGCCUACAUCGAUGAAGCUUACAGGGACCUGGACAGAGAUUUCAGAGAGUUGUCAGUGUAGAGACGCAACUAAAAGGACUUCAGAUUUCUGUCACCGUGUCUAAUUUCCCGAGACCUGGUCACAUUCAGGUGCUUUACUGAAUUGGUUUGUGUGGAUUUGGAUGUUGGUCUGAUUGUGUGUUGGCUCUUGUGGUGAGUAUGAGCUGUGCAGUGAAUGUAUUGUAUGCUUGGGAGCAUGUAAGAAGAUGUUUGUGUGUGUUUGGUUUGGCACUGGACUCUGGAUGUUUUUCUACCCAUACAGUUAUUUGUUCAAGGGUGCUCACCCGCAGGUUGAAUUGAACCUCACUGCCUAUUAUCCUUCACGGUAAAAAAGGCCUGUGAUUUUCAGGGACAUCCUACUGGCUUAUGUUGAUGGUCCGCUUAGUUUACAUACUUGUCUUGUCUGUAUAUUUAUGUAUAUGUAAUGUAUGUAGUUCUCACUUGAUUUCUAUGUAACUUUUUUGCCCCAAACUCACAGAGUGACAGCAAAUUUAACAAUUUAAAAAGAAAAUAAAUUGUUUUAUCACA